UAUUUCAAUUAAGACAGUACUUCACAUGAAAUUGAAAUUAUUAAAAAUGAAAUUCUUAAUUAUUGUUGCUGUAAUCUUUCUGGUUGAUGUUGUUUUGGCUCUUGAAGAUUGCAACACUAAGUUCAACUUAACCGAUGAAGAAAUAACCAAGCUGAAACGUGCUCAAUUUACUGAUCCUAGUGAAGAUAUAAAAUGUUUGAUAGAAUGUGAAAUGGAAGAGGCUGGAUUGAUUAAAAAUGGAGAACUCCAAGAAGAUGUUGUUAUUGAAAAAUUUGGCAAAGAAAAUGCCAACAAAAUUAUUGAAUCUUGUCGUUAUGAAAAAGGAUCUAAAAAUUGUGAUACUGCCUUCCGUUUGCACAAUUGUUUCACACGGACUCGCAGACGUGCGGCUUUGCUUGAUGUGUUAAGCAGGAAGGUUUGAUCUUGGAAUAAAAGUGAUGAUAAAUAAAGCCGUUAAAAAUUUAA